AUGAUGUAUCUCAUCGGGCAUCCCAAAGUCGCUGCGUCUCCGCAAUCGGUCGCUCCAGAACUCCUAGCCCCAGAGAAGCUCAAGGUAUUCCUGGACAAACUGGACCAGUCGAUCCACAAGUUCGGGACCGAAAUGGGGAUCCGUAGCGUCGAAAAUAUCAGAUACAUCGGAGAGAAGUUCCACCAAAAGGAAGAGGACGUCAAAGAAUGGAUGAAGGGAGUCAGCUAUCCGAAAAAGACCCACGAGAUCUCCCAGAAGACCUUAGAGGAAACCGUGAAGGAUUUGGGGCUGGCCGGAGUGAUCCCGGAUUCAAGCAAGGUCGUCAUUCCCGACCAGCUCGUGAACACUGAAGUGGCCAAGGUAAUAAACACCUGA